GAUUCAGCUAAUUGGAAAAGUUAACAAAGGAACUAGCUCUUGUGAAUAGUUGUUAUACCUGAUUCAACCUCUGAUGAAUUAAUUCCAUUACAUUGUGCAACGUUGAAAUGAAUCAUUGUUUACUGUGCUAACUAGACAGUCUCGUCCAAACCGCCAUUAUGAACGUUUGUAAGCCAAUUACUAAAACUAUUGGAGUAUGGAUGUCAGAUAAGAAAAGUCAGAAAUUAAACUGGAAGGAGUUAAUUAGUGCAGCUAACUCACAUGGCUACAAACUUGUAAAGGUGGAUUUGGAAAGGCCAUUGGAAGAACAGGGCCAGUUUGAUGUGUUCCUCCACAAACUGACUGAUAUCAUAGCUGCAGCUGAUCUGGGGGACCCUAAGGCAUCACUGAUCAUUAGCAAUGUAGAACAGUAUUUAUCAAAUCAUCCAAGUAUUACGGUUAUCGAUCCAUUAGACAACGUCAGAAUUCUAUUGAACAGAUACAAUUAUUAUUCAAUAUUACAAGAUGAACCUACAUUUAUUAGACAAGGAAUUUUUACACCAACAUUCGCAGAGUUUACAACUUCUAAUAUAAAAACCAAUUUAGAAAUAAUGAGACAGAGAGGAGUAACAUUCCCGAUUAUAUGUAAACCUACUAUAGCUCAUGGGUCCAAGUCGGCUCACGAAAUGAUUCUGGUCUUUAAUGAGAGGGAUUUGAAUGUCUGCCGACCACCCUGUGUGGUACAAAGUUUUGUCAAUCAUAACGCAGUUCUACAUAAAAUAUUUCUUAUUGGAAAUAGAUAUCACAUAUGCGAAAGACCAAGCCUUAAAAACUUCUACGCAUCAAAAGACCUAGAACCAAUAUUCUACAGCACAGGAGAAGUGUGCAAAGCAGAUAGUCAAUCCACUCUAUCCAUAUUGGAUCCUCACGACGAGGCCGAUCUACAAAUGGCUUUAAAUGAAGACAAGAUAAAAAUAAUAAUUCGUGCAUUAAGGAAAAGGAUCGGACUGCUAUUAGCGGGAUUUGAUGUCGUCAUAGAUAAUGUGACGGGACAUCAUGCGGUUAUAGACAUCAAUGUGUAUCCUAGUUAUGAUAACUUUCCAAAUUUCUUUGAAAAUCUUAUGGACUGCAUUGAUGAAACGGUGUGCAGGACCAAUACAGUGAAUGGGGAUAGUGAGUUGUGUCAAGAUUACAUCAGCCAUAGGUUAAAUGGGUUGAUAAAUGUUGCAUUUACUGCCAACAAGCUUGGAGUUACUGGUAUGAAUGUAAAUUAGUUUCACUGAACAUUAUUUGAGGUGACAGUCUAAACGGAAUAAUCCGUUCAAAUGAUCCUAUUGUCAAAGAUAAAAGGUUUAUAUUGUAAUAAUUAUUCUUAGUUUUCUGUUAAUCAAAUUGUGCUCUCCACUAAACAUCUUAUUAGAAACAUUAAUAAGUUUAAUUUCGCCAGGAGUAACCUCUUCUAGUGUGGGAAUUACAUAGUUUUAUAUAAGGUGCAGGGGGACAAUUUCGACUGCGGGUAAAUUUCAACUAAUCGAAAUAUCUUACAUGUUUUACAUUAUUAACUAGAGUGCCAUAUAUGUCCAGAUAUCGAAAAAGAUGUGUUGUGUGUGACUCUAGUUAAUAAUCUAAAACAUGGAAGAUAUUUAGAUUAGUUGAAAUUCCCUGCAGUCGAACUUGGCCCCCUGCACCUUAAGUGGGUGAAUCAAAUUUUUUUAUGUCACUCGUUGCCAUGGUUGCGGUCUUCUGUGUCACUCUAAAAACCAAGUUAUUUAGUAGGUAUUUAAAUAAAAAAAAAUACGUUUAUAUUAUACUCGUAGUUAUAUCUAAGCUCUUUCCAUAAUGAGUCAUCUACUAAGCAUGUUUGUAGAACAAGGUUCAAUAAUUCUUCUAACUGCUACUUUUGCCUCCUGGCGGGCGGAACAGAAUAACAAGAAAUAUUUGAUCCACCCAAAUAUUUCAUUACCGUAAUUUUGACCACAUAUUUUGAUAACUCAUUUGUGUUAUGGUUUAAGUAAAUCAAAAUAAAACCAUGUCAGUCCGAAAGUAGAAACGAUCAUAGUCGGUGUAUCUAUUUUAUAAUAAAACUAUAAGACUAAACAAAACAUUUAAUUAUAUAAAUUUGGCUUCAAGCUACAUAAACUUUACUAUGGAUUUAGUAUUGUAAUGUGUCAAAACCAGCAAGUAUUAUGUAUAUUUGUAGGUGACGAAUAUGUACAUAAGAAAAGAACAUGCACCAAUAAUUGGGCUAAGAAGAUGAUGAUGAUUAAUUAUAAUUAAAUUAUUAUGUAUAUUUUGUUUUAUACAAUGCAAGGCAUUUAUUUAUAACCAGAUGUCAAGUUGGAUGUGUGAAUGUAAUAUUUAGUUGUCCGUGUUGGUAUUUAUAAAAUAAUGAAAAUACCUAACUUAUGUGUGAUGGACCGCGAGCCACGAACAGAUUUCCAUGACCAAUCGCCUCCCGGUCGAUGACUCGUAUAUUGGUUAACGGCUAUGUAUGAUGAUCCCUCAUGGACGUCAGCUGGCGCUCCGUUGGUGGGUUGAGGAAUGGCAGCCACCGAAACAUGUAAAAAAAAUAAAUAAAUUUUGUCAUCGUCUCCCGUUUCAUACUUUAUCAGAAGAUAGUUUAGAUGUUAUUAUAAAUAAAAACAACCGUCAGCCGGAUGUAUAGCGGUGGAAAGACCGUCAGCUACUUGCAUAAACAUGUAGAAAAUAAGCGCUGUACUUUUUUAUUAUAGUAAUAACUAAAUCAUGAAACUUUGCAUGUAGGAUUUCAUCAGGCAUUUCAAUAAACGCCUUAUGGAUUUGCGGACAUGAUGAACUGACGGUCUUUCCACCGCGAUACAACCGGCUGACUAUUUUUUUAAUUCAUGAUAGCAUCUAAACUAUCAUCUGACAAAGUAUCAAGCGGGAGGCGAUGACUGACGAUAUUUGCUCCUGGCCCGCGGUCUAUGAAGUCAUAAGGUGCCAAUGUAAUGUCAUGUCGCAUGUUGUUUGUAUUUAUUUUUUGUAAUUGUUUAGCAAAAUUCGUAUUAGAACGUAAAUAGGUACCUACGUUUAUUUUUAUGUAAUUUAAUUGACUGUAACAGUCGGAAGUCAAAGUAAUAAAAAUAAAGUUGGCAGGUAAUAGUAAUAGCUUUAGUUGCCUUGCCGAUAUUAUCAUUUUUCCUUCAGGCUUCCAACAGAAAAAAUGUAUCAAUGCUUUUCCCAUAUAUAUCUUCAUUGAUUCAUAUUCAAUCGUUUCCAUUUACGCCCUAAAUUCACCAGGUUAUGGGCCCAGCACGCUUCCACUAGUUGAAAUUUGAUUUCACUAAUUUAUUGUGUAACUAUUAAAGACUGAAAAUGUAAAUAUUUCAUAAAAUGAAAUAUCUUUGAUCUGAAA